CUCUUUUCUGCCAUGCGGGGCGCGGGCGAACGGUUGGGUCAGAAAGAAUCCGGUGCCGCUAGGACCUGGCGGAAGAAGCAUCCCCACCGACCCCCGGGGAAGACUGCGACGGCCCCUCCGGCACGACCAAUCAGAAGGCUCCGUCGCGCAGCGGAGCACCAAUCGCAGGCGCCCUUUCUUCCAGGCGCACAGGCUAUUUAAAGUCCCCUCCAGGCCAGGUGACCGAGGCUGUGAAGGUGGCCAUCGACGUUGGGUACCGCCACAUCGACUGUGCCCACGUGUACCACAAUGAGAAUGAGGUGGGGAUAGCCAUUCAGGAGAAGCUCAGGGAGCAGGUGGUGAAGCGUGAGGAGCUCUUCAUCGUCAGCAAGCUGUGGUGCACGUACCAUGAGAAGGGCCUGGUGAAAGGAGCCUGCCUGAAGACGCUCAGCGACCUGAAGCUGGACUACCUGGACCUCUACCUUAUUCACUGGCCAACUGGCUUUAAGCCUGGGAAGGAAUUUUUCCCAUUGGAUGAGUCGGGCAACGUGAUUCCCAGUGACACCAACAUUCUGGACACGUGGGCGGCCAUGGAAGAGCUGGUGGAUGAAGGGCUGGUGAAAGCUAUUGGCAUCUCCAACUUCAACCAUCUCCAGGUGGAAAGGAUCUUAAACAAACCUGGCUUAAAGUAUAAGCCUGCAGUUAACCAGAUUGAGUGCCACCCAUACCUCACUCAGGAGAAGUUAAUCCAGUACUGCCAGUCCAAAGGCAUCGUGGUGACCGCCUACAGCCCCCUCGGCUCUCCCGACAGGCCCUGGGCCAAGCCCGAGGACCCUUCCCUCCUGGAGGAUCCCAGGAUCAAGGCGAUCGCAGACAAGCACAAUAAAACUACAGCCCAGGUGCUGAUCCGGUUCCCCAUGCAGAGGAACUUGGUGGUGAUCCCCAAGUCUGUGACACCAGAACGCAUUGCUGAGAACUUUAAGGUCUUUGACUUUGAACUGAGCAGCCAGGAUAUGACCACCUUACUCGGCUACAACAGGAACUGGAGAGUCUGUGCCUUGGUGAGCUGUAUCUCCCACAAGGAUUACCCCUUCCAUGAAGAGUUUUGAAGCUGUGGAUGCCUGCUCGUCCAUAAGUGACCUGUAUCUGUGUUUCCUGCCUCAUUUUUUUCCCUUGCAAAUGUAGUAUAGCCUGUGUCACUCCGCAGCAGGACAGCAGCUUACAGAGUAGCCAGCGAGAGCGUGGCUAGCUUGCUGUUGGCUCUGACGAGGCCUGUCAGUAGAGUAGAAGUCCCUUCCAGUUUGCUUGGCCCUUCUUUUUGCCCCACUGGGGAAAGUAUAACCUGAAUACCCUUUUCUGACCAAAGAGAAGCAAAACCUGCCAGGUCAAAAUGGUGCCACUAACAGCUGAGUUUUGACUGCUUGGAACUGUAACCCUCUAAGCAAGACUUCUCUUUGCCUCAAAUAAAAAGUGCUUUUGUGAGUUUGA